AUGGUCAUUCAGGACGAUACUCUGUCUGAUGCCUUAAUACGCGACAGACGUUUUAAUGAAGAAAUUAGAAAAUGUGAACUUAGAGAAACUUCAGCUGGGGAAAAUAAUGUUAGCUUAGACCAACAGGCUUCAAGCUAUAUUGGUAAAAUAUUUUCUGUCAUUUGGUUCGAGGCAAAACAAGGCGGCUCUAGUAGAAUCGCCUCAGUGUCUCAAGGGAUACCACAGCAAAUCGAUCGAUCUGUAGACGCCACUUUAAUUUUGUCGAAACUUGGUGAAAUUGAAGACACCGCUAAAGAAGUUCGUAAGGUAUUGCAACAGACUAAACCCAAGGCAACUGCAAAUAAUGUAAGAAAUCGGUUGUCAAAUUUAUUCAGUUCAACUUUCACAGGCAUUCCUUUAAAUGUCUUGAAUCAUCUACAGAAAUCAGUAGGUAUUAUAAAGUGGCCUCAUAGUAAGAAUGGCACUGCUUUCAGAUUGGGCUCUAAGUACAUCAUAACUAAUUACCAUGUAGUUAGAUUGAUAUACGACGCAAUGAGGGCAAAUCCAUUUAGACCAGAUGAUGUAACUAUUAGUUUUAAUUUUGUUAGUACACAACACAGCUUAACAAAUUAUACAUUGCGACACGAUAGAAUGAAAUUCCAUAUGCCUUUCUUCAGUGAAAUCGAAGACCUUGACUAUGCAAUUUUAGAAUUAGACAUUGACGAAGAUAUGGAAAUUGAUGUGCAAGACGGCAAUGGUAUAUCUGGCCAAAAUGAAGACCAACAAAUUCCAGCAUCGUUAACUGGUAAUCUAGGUCGAAUUCCCAUUGAGCCGUCGGCUAUAAAUAUAUUAGGCCAUCCUCAGGGCCAAGCAAUGCUUUUAGAUGCUCGGUGUACACUUAAAAUUACCACACUUUGUGAAUUCCCUGUGUAUUAUCAGAAAAGCUUUUCACUGGACGAUAUCAUGGUUUCUUCCGAUACUAGACGUAUAAAUUAUGAAACGUGUCUGCUUCACGGAGCUUCAGGGUCCCCAGUUUUCACAAAUGAAGGAAUCAUUAUUGCUCUUCACACUCGCGGCUUUCCACCAACUGGAACACACAACAACUCCGUCUUUGAACAAGGGGUUGCUAUAUUCGAAAUUAUGAAACAUGCGAAAAAUCUAGCUACCAAACAAGAUACCCUUGAUAUUUGGAAAGAUUUAUUUGAAAAUUGA